AUGGUAGCUUUGACUGAAGGUUGUAGUUCUAUUUUGAAGAAUAAAAUUCCUCCCAAGUUGAAGGAUCCGGUCAAUUUUACAAUUCUUUGUUCUAUUGGUGGUAGAGAUGUUGGUAGAGCACUUUGUGAUUUGGGGGCUAGUAUUAACUUGAUGCCCAUGUCGGUUUUCAAGAAGUUGGGAAUUGGUGAAGCAAGGCCAACCACCGUCACUUUGCAAUUAGAAAAUUGCUUUAUGGCACACCCGGAAGGCAAGAUUGAAGAUGUACUUGUGCAAGUUGAUAAAUUCAUUUUUCUAGUGGAUUUCAUUAUUCUUGAUUAUGAAGCGAAUAGAGAUGUUCCAAUAAUUUUGGGGAGACCCUUUCUUGCUACUGAAAGGACUUUGAUUGAUGUUAAAAAAGGAGAGAUUACUAUGAGGGUGAAUGACCAACAAGUGACUUUCAAUGUGUUCAAUGGAAUGAAGUUUCUGGAUGAGGUUGAGGAGUGCCCUUCUUUGAGUGAGAUUAAUUCUAUUGUUGCUAAAAAUUUGCAAAAAUAA